GGGUCCCCGGCGCCGGCACAGGAGUGGUGGCCGUGUUGCCGUCGCCGGGUUCCGUUGCCUGCGCCGCUUCGCCUCCUCGGCACCUGAGGCGGCCGCCCGGCGGUCCUGCGGCUCUCCCUCCUGCCGCUGCGGGCCGCGGGACCAAGGCCAUGUCCCGGAAGCAGGCGGCGAAGAGCCGGCCGGGCAGCGGCAGCCGGAAAGCCGAGGCCGAGCGCAAGCGGGACGAGCGGGCGGCGCGUCGGGCCCUGGCCAAGGAGCGGCGGAACCGGCCGGAGCCCGGCGGCGGCGGCGGCUGCGAGGAGGAGUUCGUCAGCUUCGCCAACCAGCUGCAGGCCCUGGGGCUGAAGCUGCGGGAGGUGCCGGGGGACGGCAAUUGCCUAUUCAGAGCUCUUGGUGAUCAGUUGGAGGGACACUCACGAAAUCAUCUCAGACACCGGCAAGAGACAGUGGACUACAUGAUAAAGCAGCGAGAAGAUUUCGAACCCUUUGUAGAAGAUGACAUUCCUUUUGAGAAACAUGUGGCCAGUUUGGCAAAGCCUGGAACAUUUGCUGGCAAUGAUGCAAUUGUAGCCUUCGCAAGAAAUCAUCAGUUGAAUGUGGUGAUUCAUCAACUUAAUGCCCCUUUGUGGCAGAUUCGUGGUACAGAUAAGAGCAACGUGCAGGAGUUACACAUUGCAUAUCGGUAUGGAGAGCACUAUGACAGCGUUCGGAGGAUCAAUGACAACUCAGAAGCACCUGCACAUCUCCAGACUGAUUUUCAGAUGCUUCAUCAAGAUGAAUCAAAUAAAAGAGAGAAGAUCAAAACAAAGGGAGUCGACUUUGAAGAUGACCUGAGAGAUGAAGUAGAAGAUGCUGUCCAGAAAGUUUGCAAUGCAACUGGUUGUUCAGAUUUUAAUUUGAUAGUCCAGAACCUGGAAGCUGAAAAUUAUAAUAUUGAAUCUGCGAUAAUUGCCAUGCUGCAGAUGAACCAGGGAAAAAGAAAUAAUGCAGAGGAGAACCUUGAGUCCAGUGGCCGAGUGCUGAAGCAGUGUGACCCUUUAUGGGAGGAGGGUGACAGUGGCACCAGAAUCUUUGGAAAUCAGGGCUUAAAUGAAGGCAGAACUGAAAACGAUAAGUCUCGGGCCAGCCCUAGUGAAGAAAACAAAGCAAAUAAAAAUCACCUCCCAAAGGUCACAAACAAACAGAGGCGAGAACAGCAGCGACUAGAGAAGAAGAAACGACAGGAGGAGAGGCACCGUCACAAAGCCCUGGAGAGCAGGAGUAGCCACAGGGACAACAACAGAAGCGAAGCAGACGCGAGCACCCAGGUCACCUUGGUGAAGACCUUCGCGGCUCUCAACAUCUGACUCUGGCCUCCUGGGAGCUGUGAGAAGGGAAUGGAAAGCGGAGGGCCGUGUGCCAGGCUUUCCAGCGAGGCCAUCCUUUUACAAAACGAAACUCAACCCACAGAAUCACACACUGAGUUAGUUUCCUUCAAGCUGCCUCCUUUUUUGUUCAGAGUUUUGUCAGUGAUGUGUCUUAUUUAAUGAAAGUGCAGUGAAGCCAUUCAUGUUCCAUAAUUAAAAUAUCGACUUUUAGGAGUGGAUAGUUAGGUCAAAAAAACCUUUUUAAGUGUGGUUUUAUUUGCCCUGAAAAUCAGACUUCGGUGACCCUGGGAUCUUUCCUUAACACUCGGGGUUUCACUGUAAUUGUUCAUGAAGUAGUUUAGAUUAAUUGCUAGAAAUUCAGAAGGACAAGUUUCCUUUGUUUCUCUUUCAUUUUCAAACAGACAUUAAUAUGCAGGAUAGUUUAUAAAUGAUGUCCAACUCAGGUACAUGUUUAGAAUUAACUUUCUUCUAAUGCAAGUUAAUCAGAAAAUAAUUCAGGAAGUGUUUUCCCAAAGUAAUAGGAUGUGAAGGUUGUGGCCUGUAGUCAGGGUGGAAAUUAAACAGCCACGUUUCUCUUCUUCCUGAUUCUGAUGCUCAGAUGGGAUGCAGGUGCUGUUGGUUCGUUUGCACUCAAGCCAUAUGAUAAAUAGGCCAGACUGUUAAUUAGGCCUGGGCUUUGCUGGAAAAUCUGUAGUGUUGCUGAAUAGUUGGUACUUGUUUCUUGACAACGAGAAGACAGUGUAUCAGUGCUUAUGAUACAGUUCUGGGAUUCUGAUAGCGUGGAGCGCAGAAGCCAUAGUUGUAAAGGCAGAAGUCAAGAGAGUCCUGAGUUUUUGCUCAGGAAGAAGUCUGAAGAGGUAAUUGAUUUGGGGCGGGGGGUUGGGGGUGUCUGGAAGAAUUUCUAAGGCUUUUCAUGUUCACAUUUUAAGUAGGUAACUGUCUUUUCUUCCUUACUAUUCUGGAUUUAGAAAGAUGCCUUCAAGAGAAAUAAAAGGUAACUUGACCCAUUGCUGGAUUUUCUUAGUAUUGUGAAAGUGAAAUCCCAUAAAACGCUGCACUUAACUUCUUUUUUAGUUAAGCCCUGUUUGGGGAUUUUGUUGUUCGAAACACUCUCCAGCACCCUCCAGAAGUUGUCAGUGACUUAGGUUAGACCAGCAGGGCAGAGAACUUACUUUGGCUGAGGCCUUCAAAUGACUCCACAGUGCUGAAAUAGAUUUGGGCGGUGGAGAGAUGUCAUUCCUCAAACCGAAUUAGGUGAUUGUGAACUUUAAAACUGGAAUGUAUGAUGUGGCCAAUCUUGGACUGUCUUUGCCUUUUGGGGACCUAAUAUUUGGAGAAAUAAUAUGUGCUGAAUCAAAAGGUAAAUUAUUAGUUACCUCCCCCAUCUCAGAUUUCAAAAUUAUCAGAGUUCUGAGGCAAAGGGAAAAACUAUAAAAAGGUUUUGACACGUAUAGACAUAUCAUUGUGUGGGCUGGCCUUGGAUUCAUUGGAUUGUCUUUAUCAGCAGGUGAUUUGCUUUCUGUGGUUUUGAUGAUGUAUUUUAAUUUUUUGUUUGUUUGACUUUGGUGACUUUUUGUGGUUGGAGCAUCAGUAGUCUCUUGGAAGUGCUCCUAGGACAUCCUGGUACAGUACAUCGUAAUAUGUAGCAGAUUUAGAAACUGCACAGCAUUUUUUCUUUGCACAUUGCAGAGUCCUGAGUUAGAGCCUCUAGUACUCAGUCCAAACAAGUGAGGGGUCUCCGUUGUCUCACUGUCUCCAAGGGAGUGAGGUCCAGUGCUUUAGGAUCUGUUCUCUUGGCUUUUAACUCUGGGCACAUUCCUGACUCUGGCUGAGCAUUUCUGAGCGAGCGCUCUUUCUUGUCUGUUUUGUACUGUGAGAGUAUAGGAGACCAGAUCCUCUCAGAAAGACUGAUUGUGUACCAGAAAUUCAGCAGAAUUAGGAGUCAGAAAUAGCUUAAGGGAGACCCAUUGUCAGAAGUAGUAGGAUCGCUUUAUUUACUUGGUCAAUGAAGGUGGCCUUGGGCCCUAUUGGGUUUUUGUUUUUGUUUUUUCCUAUUGGGUUUUAGAAGUUGCUAAAAAGUUGCUAAAGAAUAUUGGGCACAUUUAUUUAUAAAUUACCUAAUUCUGAUAAUAGGCUUCGGCAUUUCUUGGGUAAAAUAACAGUGGUUUUAAAAACUAAUCAAAUGGCUUCAGUAGUUUUCUUUUAUUACCAUUUCAUAGUUUUCCAGUUAUAACUGGUCUGCGUUUAGUAUGUUAAUUAUUAGGAAUGGGGAACAUGUAUCCAACUUUAGUGAUAACUUCUAGCUAAGGGUUUAAAUUUAGCCUUCACUGCCUCAGUCCCACCAAAGUAUGAGGUAGAUGGAAUCCAUGUAGUACUUGGUUGCCUUGGUAGGCACUUGAGAACUACUUUAUUGGCAGCCAAAGUGGAGGCCCAGCAUGUUUAGUCCUGGGAUGACUGUGGUCAGUGACGGUUACCUGGUAUAGUUACUCAGGUGCACUGCAUAGUAGGAGGCGACUCUUUCUUAACCUCUGUGGCUGUUAGAGGUUUGUUAUGUGGGAUUGUCUCGGUAGCUUUGGUCAGGAGAAGGGGGAUGAGGCGGUGGUCCAUAGCUGCUUACUAGUCUUAUAAACUGUAUAUAAAGGUUUUAUGGAUUUUAAAAAAAGAUUUUUUUAAAGGUCAAAAUACGAAAUAAAAUUUUAGUAGCAUCAGCUUUGUACUAGAGAGGUAGAUGUAUUGAAACAACAUAGAAUCACAACUUCUGAAUUAAUAUAGUUGCCACCAGGAGAUAUUAGAGAGAGAAUGUAUAUGUAUAUUUAAUUUUUCAAUAGUAGGAACAUAUGCUUUCAGGAGUGAAGUCUGGUUGAAGAAUUGUGGCAGAAAGAAGAAUCUUAAGUGUUAGUUGAGCUUGUCUAUAGUUUCUUUUAUAAGCUCUGAAAACACUUCCCUACCUAUUGUGAUUCUGAGGGCUUGUCAAGUGGGAGCUCCAUUGUGGGGCAGCUAGAGUGGACCUUUGUGUAGGUCGUUUCUCAUGGUGCUGCCUGCUUCCCUGGGGAGCUUUGACGGUGGGAAGUGAUACGGUCCUGGGGCGGAGGAGGGCCAUGCUGAGGGGGGAGAGCUGCUCCCACGUUACGUAGGUAGAUACCAGAUGGACUUGGCAUUGAACUGUGCUCGUAGUGAGUCCCUGUCGUCAGUGUGCAGUUUCUCUCAUUCUGAGAAACUCUGGACUGCCUGGGUUUUAUUGUGUCCACAUAGAAUGCUGUCAGUUUACCUCUGUGAGAUGUUCAACUCGAAUGUGCCGUCAGUUGAAGGAAACUUGGGUUCCUAGUCAGAGCUAACUCUCAGCCUGACCAGAAGGGUCUGUGUGGGUGGGGUGACAGUGGAGCUUUGUGGUUUCAAUGUCACAUCCGUGGCCCUCUCUGACUCCCAUUUUGGGUAGAUGCGUAGCUCUUCACCUUUUUUUACCUCAAGGCUCUAUCUAUAGCAAGCCUUUAGACUCAGAGUCUGAUGCAGUUUUUGUGUUUUGACAUUUUCAUUGUUCACUGUUUUGUUCAUCUCAGCUUUCAGAACAGGCGUUGCUCAAACUCUGGGGCCUUCCGACGGUUGUUCUGAGGUGGUUUAAUAAUGGCAUUUUCUAGAAGGUGUGUUUUUCUGACUCUAAAGCAAAUUGUAUUUUUCCAUUGACGUUGUUAAGUUGAAGAUCUCGAUGGCAUAUGUAAAUGAUAGCAGAUCUUCUGCCGUCACAUGCAAGGCGGGGAAUGGAUAAUUGGAUUGAAGUGGAGACACUGAGCACCAGUCAAGAAGUGCAUUGCACAGUACGGAACUCAGAAGGUGCCCACAGGGCCCGGCUCCGGGGAGGAGCUGGGCCUCGUUGACUGCUUGGCUGCGUCUGUCCAAGGUAACAUUCCCUGUAAAAACCUCAGGCUCUUAACCAUUUCCUCUGAGGAAUUACCUUCUAGAGCCUCGCUCUCCUAGUUCAGACUACUUUGUAGCUUGAUGAAAAUGUUUAGCAUCCUCGCAAAGUUACUUGAGAAGGGGCUGGUACCAGUAGAGAAUAAUUUCUGUAAGAGCACGGACUUGUGCGUGGUGACUGUGGUUUAGGCAGGGCACGCCCCUGGUCCCGGAACUACUCCUCGCUGUGCUGUAGCCCUGGAAGGUAGUGACCGCUGGGCGAAGCCUCGGUGGUCUGCCCCUCAUCCUCUGCGUCUCGACACCCAGCAGGUCACUGUUGCCAGCCGUCUGUGACGGUCGCUUGAGCACAGUCACAGACCUCAGCCUGCGGUUUGCUCCCCUGGCAGGUCCCUCAACCAAAACUUGAGGAAUGCGGGUGCGGGCUCCUCUCAUGGUUCACUUUCCUCGGGGAGAAGGGCCCUCGGCCUCCCUGGCUGCCCUUCCAGCGUCCGCCACCAGCACUGGGCUCCGUGAGCAGAAGAAAAGAGCCAGGAGUCGGACAUCAGACCUCCGUGUUCCUCCUGCUGAUGCGGAAGCGCUGGUGGGUGUCAACCCCCUUUAUGAAGGAGGGCACAUGGGUCUGUGGAGAACACAGGGGCCUUCCCAGGCUCAGCCGCCUUCCCUUUUUUCUAGUUGCACUACACUUGUCCUCACUGCAGUCCGGAGAUACUUAAGACCUCUGUGGGGUCAUGAUCCAUAGACUUAGCAAGUCUUGCCUUAUCUGUGGAGCUGGACGGGGGGAAUGUGACCGUUGUCUGAUGUCCAUAGUUCAUUUCCUCCAGGAUGUUUCUUUCCUCAGAUUGUGUUACUCUGAACCAUUUUAUUUUUUAUUUACCAAAGUACUGUACUUGGCUAUUUGCAGUGUUUUCAAAACCAAAUGUUUCUUUUUUUGUGUUUUUAAUCUUCAAUACUUGGUGCAAUAGAAGCUGCAAAGAUGUGCCACUU